GUGAGCUCGGCUCUGCUCUCCAGCUGCCGCAGUCCGGGCUGGGAGAUUCGGGGCUCGCCGGCAGAAUCUGCCCCGAGCCCUGGGUAGCCGGGCUGGAUGACCAGCGCUCGCUCCGGAGCGGCGAGCAGUUCAGCACCUCGCCCCUUGGACAGCGACCUCAGCUCCCCAGCGCCGCCCCGCGCCGCGCCAGGCUAACUGCGCCUCCCCCAGCCCGUCUGCUGAGGGGCAGCGAGCCCCGCAUGGCAGGGAUGGGGGCUGCGCUGUGGCAAAGGAGGGAGAGGGGCGCUGCGACUCCGGCCUGAGCCGGCUCCGGCGGGGAGAGGCUCGGCGCCCUGCGGCGCAGGAUGGGGACGUGGCGGUGCCUGGCUCACCCGGCGCUGGGCUGCUGAGGCUGUGCUAGGAGGCGGCUGCCCGCCAGCGCGCCACGACUUGGCGCCUCUCUCCGGGCGCCCGUGUGUGCGUGUGAAGACCCUCAGCCACCAUGGAGACGGGGCAGCCCUCUCCGGCGUGGGGCGCAGAGCCAGCGGGGGCUUCGCCGCUGUGACCGCGGCCCGGCUCUGCUGUGACCGGCGGUGCUGCGGCCUCGGUGCCAGGAUGUAUGGAUUUAUAAACACAUGCCUGAAGUCUUUGGUGAUUGAAAAAUAUGGUGAAGAAAUAUGGGAAAAAAUAAGACUCCAGGCAGGAGUUCAGGACACAUUUUUUACUUUUGAAGUUUACAAAGAUGAGAUCACAAUGCAGCUAAUUGACAAAGCCUGCAAAAUGUUAGAUGUUCCCCCUGAUAUGGUUCUGAAGCAGUUUGGAGAGUAUUUCUUUGAAUUUUGUAAGCAAUCAGGCUAUGACCAUAUGCUAAGAACUCUGGGUGGAAAUCUCUAUGAGUUCAUAGAGAACUUGGAUGCACUACACAGCUACCUGUCUCUUUCUUAUCAGGAGAUGAAUGCACCUUCUUUUAGGGUAGAAAAGAAUGAAGAUGGAUCAAUGCAUUUGCAUUACUACUCAGAUAGAAGAGGACUGUGCCACAUUGUUCCAGGAAUCAUUGGCGCAGCAGCCCUGGAUUUUUUCAACACUGAAAUUUCAAUGGAAAUAGUCAAUCAAACAGAGGAGGAAGAACGAACUGGGAAAAAAGAACAUAUAGUUUUCCUUGUCACUCAAAAGCCUGUAUUUUCAUACAAAAAAAGGAAUAAAUUCUCUUCUUCACCACAAUACCUUGCUGAUUCUGGAAGGCAAACUGAGAAACAACUGAAUAAAGAGGAUAUUGAAAAAAAAAUAAAGAAGAUUAGAGACAGAACAAGUGUUUGUCCUGUCAAGAAAAAUCAUUGGGAAACAAUCAGAGGAAUUGUUACACUAGGAAGAGGUAAACUUCUGAGACGAUUUAAUCCAGUAUAUCCUACAACCCUCUGGAUAGAUACAAAAACAUUUUGCAAUGGGCUUCCUUUCCAUAUUGUUUUUGAUGAAGAGCUCAGAGUAAAGCAAGCUGGGGUGAGCAUUCAAAAGAUUGUCCCUGGCCUGCAGACCAUGGGCAUUCGCCUGGAUGAUUACUUCAGUAUCGUGCACCCAGAAGUGACAUUCACCAUCUCUAGUGUUCAGAAGUUUAUCAACAGUCAAUUUGUUUUCCGGACUAGGAGAGAGAUGAUGCCAGAGUCAUGGAAACAACGUCCAAUGCUAGAGCUGAGAGGCCAGAUGAUGUGGAUGGAGUCUCUGCAGUGCAUGCUGUAUCUCUGCUCACCUUUACUGCGCACUUUGCAUGAGCUGGAAGAGAGACAGAUGCACAUUGCAGACAUAGCACCUCAUGACGUUACCAGGGAUUUGAUUCUUCUCAACCAGCAAAGGCUGGCUGAGAUGGAGCUCUCCAGCCAGCUGGAGAGGAAGAAAGAAGAACUGCGGAUACUCUCAAAGCACCUGGAGGAAGAGAAGAAAAAGACAGAAGCUCUGCUCUAUGCCAUGCUUCCAAAGCAUGUGGCCAACCAGCUAAAAGAGGGAAAACGAGUUGAGGCAGGGGAGUUUAAAGAAUGCACCAUAUUGUUCAGUGAUGUUGUGACCUUUACCAACAUUUGUGCCCAGUGUGAGCCUAUUCAGAUAGUCCUCAUGUUAAAUUCAAUGUAUCUGCGGUUUGACAGACUAACAACUGUGCAUGAUGUCUACAAGGUGGAAACAAUAGGUGAUGCUUACAUGGUGGUAGGAGGUGUCCCUGUGCCUGUAUCGACUCAUGCUGAGAGAGUUGCCAACUUUGCCCUUGGAAUAAUCCUCGCAGCCAAAGAAGUGAAGAAUCCGGUUUCUGGAAAUCCUAUCCAAAUUAGAGUUGGGAUCCACACAGGUCCUGUCCUGGCUGGAGUUGUUGGAGAAAAGAUGCCUCGUUAUUGCUUGUUUGGAGACACAGUGAAUAUAGCUUCCCGGAUGGAAAGUCAUGGGGUUCCAAGUAAAAUUCACCUUAGCCCAACUGUCUAUUACUGCCUAAAGGGCAAAAGUUUUGAGAUGACUGAAAGAGGAGAGAUUGAAGUGAAGGGCAAAGGGAAAAUGCAUACCUAUUUCUUGAUUAGAAACAGGACUGCCACCGAGAAUGAGAUCAUGGGAAACCCAACAAAGGAACCAGAGGCUGUCCAUGAAUCUGUUCAGUCCUUUCAUGAGUCCAGGAUCAAAACAAUACGAAGUUCAUGUCAGCAAGCCAUGCAGUUCAAUUCAGAGCCAGACCAGCCUCCAACCAUAGCAAUGAAGUACAUUGAUGGUCCCAUGGAAACGCAAGCCAGUCACAAAGGAAGAAGUCAAGAAAGAAUUAUGGACUUAACUGGCAAAACACAUGACUUUGAAAGCGCUGGCUGUCGCCAUGGUGACCAGCAGCCAGCCAGUGAUCCUUAUCUGCACAAUCAGGAAAGAAUCAAGCCAGCAGCUGAAGAACCAGAGAUCAGACAUGUCAGAUCCAAUUUUUGCAAUUUAGUUUAAGCUGCUGACUUUUAAAGUUAAACAGGAUAAUCAGCUGUCAGUCAUCUCUUUGCUCAGAGAUGCGAGGAUACAAGGCUCAACACAUCCCAGUAAGAGGGCUGGGUAGAGUACAGGCUCCACUCUGGAAGGGAAUUCGUGCUUGAAUGGUUGGAAAAAAAAGUCAUUUGUUUCCUCUCCAGUGAGAGAGUACCAGUUUGGAAGCUCACAGAACUGCAUCAUGUAGACAGACCUCCCUAGGUCAGCAGAGAGGCAAAUUUGACAUACGAGGUCAUUUUCCACUGAAAACACUGUGAAUGUUUAAGCUGUGAAAUAUUUUAAAUGCCAGUAAUUAGUCCAAUUCUUAGGCAGUCAAGUAAUUAUUCUGUUAUUUAUUUCAUACUCUGUGUGCAAUAUACAUGGGCAAUCGCUUCAUUAUGUAUGUUCUUAUACAAAAUUCUUCUAAUGUCUCUGUUCUAUAGAUCCAUUCACAGUAUUCUGCGGGCACUGUUUUUUAAAAAUAAAUUAUGGUUGCACAUCAACAUGUGUUCAUAAAGCACCACACACAAAAUAAACACUUGUGGUGUUAUUUGUCUAUUCAUGACUUUCUACAAACAUUGUUGAAAAUCAGUGUGGGUUUGUGCUCCUCAAUCACAAUACAACAGGUAAUUUCUCCUUGAGAUACUCACCUCAUCACUCUCUGAUUUAAUUAGCGUUAAUGUCACACUCCCAUCUCUGUAUUCCUUCCUUUUUUCUCUUCAAGCAUCUGAAGUAGUGAGAGUUUGACCUAAUGAAAGUUUAUUCCCUAACAAAUUUGCUAGUCUUUAAAGUGCAACCACACUUAUUUUUUUAAAAAAUCAACUAAGUUCUUUUGAAAAUCCAUCCCAUAAUAUUUUACAACAUAAUCAAAACUUCUUGUUUAAAAAAAAAUGGGAUAAAAUUUUCUAAAGCACUUAGAGGAAUUAACUAUGGAUAAAAAUUAGAAAUUCCUAAACAAUAUAUUUUUAAGAGGAGCUGGAUAAGACAGUAGAAAAAUUCUCAAAUCCUUCCCAUUUUUCAAUUACUUUUGCAUUGGUUCUGUUCUCCCCUCCACUUUUCACUCUAAAUAUUAUGAACACUGAAGCAACAACAUUUUACUGGCACAAAUGUUCAAAACAAUCGAAUUUCUAGGUUCAGCCAGACUGUUUAUUGCAUCUAUUUCAAUAUCACUAAGUGUGAUCAGACCUCACUGUGCUGUUGACAGUGAGGCAAAUUUGACAUACGAGGUCAUUUCCCACUGAAAACACUGAAAGUUUAUGCUGGGAAAUAUUUUAAAUGCCAGUAAUUAGUCCAAUUCCUAGGCACUCUUAGGAAUCAAAGCGGGGACUUCUGGAGCUAAGUGUAGGAGUCUUUACUGCAGGAGUGAGAAGCCAGCUGGUUCUCAGGCAGAUUCGUUCUCUCUAAGGGUAUGUCUAGACUACAGGCCUCUUUCGAAAAAGAUUUUUCGAAAGAGAUCGUCU